UUCAAAGUUUUACGUUAGCAGCGAGCUGGAUUUGAGUAUUUUAAAUUUCAACUUUAUUUAUGUUGUUAUGGUGGUUAUUACCAGAGAUAUUUACUGAUCAUUUAAGUAAUUUGACACAGUUUUAAAAUGUUUUCGACCAGCAGUCAGAGAAAAUUUUGGACUUUUAGUGACGAAACUGAACUCGCUAGCCAUAGAGAGAAACACAAUUUGGAGUUCAUAGCGAAACACGGGCACCAUAUCGAGGAAUACCAACGCUAUAACUUCUUCCUAUCACCAGAGGAAGAGAGGCUGUUACUGAAGCAGUACGAGCUGCAUUUGAAAGAGUUUUGCAAGAGAUUCAUGCCUCCGAUGCCCAAAGGAGUCGUCGGUACCGCAUUUCACUAUUUUAAAAGGUUUUAUUUAUACAAUUCCACUAUGGAUUACCAUCCAAAAGAAAUUUUAGCUACGUGCGUGUAUCUGGCGUGCAAAGUUGAAGAAUUCAAUGUGUCCAUAAACCAGUUUGUCGCUAACAUAAAAGGUGACAGAGAGAAAGCUUCAGACAUUAUUCUGAACAACGAAUUGCUAUUAAUGCAGCAGUUAAAUUAUCAUUUGACCAUUCACAACCCUUUUCGUCCGGUCGAAGGGUUCCUAAUUGACAUAAAGACUAGAUGUUCACUUGCAAAUCCUGAGCGCUUGCGUGGUGGUAUUGACGAGUUUUUGGAAAAAGUUUUUUUGACUGAUGGCUGCUUACUCUACGCGCCGUCUCAGAUCGCUCUGGCGGCCGUGCUCCACGCGGCGAGUAAAGAACAAGAGAACCUUGACAGCUAUGUCACCGACAUGCUAUUCCAUGACGCUGGAUCAGAUAAACUAGCCACGCUCAUUGAGGCGGUACGGAAAAUACGGUCUAUGGUCAAAAUGGUGGAAAGUCCAGCACGAGAGAGGGUACGAGUCAUAGAGAAAAAACUGGACAGGUGUAGGAACCAAGAGAACAACCCUGACAGUGAGAUUUACAAACGACGUAUGCGGGAAGCAUUAGAUGAAGAUGACAUGCUGCAGACAGGAAGUGGGAGGAUGUCUCUCGACACUAGUGGAAUCACACAAGUCCUUUCGCCAUCGGCUUCAUAAAUGUUUAUUAUUUACAUGAAAAUGCCUGAUUUCAUGAUACCUUCAUUCAUCCAUGUCACUUCGAUACAAACCUGGCGGGAACAGGGAUAUUUGUAUUUAUUUAGUAUUCACAGUUUUUUUUACACCUUUCUAGUAAAUACAACAUGAAACUGUUCUGAAAAUAGGAAGAUUAUGACAGCUGUUGGAAUACUUAAUUAGUUGCACUGUGAAACAUUUUGAAAUGACUGAAUACUAGAAGCUUUUAAUUGAUAUAUGAAGCCUUUAAUAAAAACUAUUGGACAUAAUAAUAUUAACACUUGUUUUUAUCUUCA